UCAUAUUGAGCCUCCAGAGUAUUCGAUACUAACAUCAUAUCGAGUAUCCAGAGAAAUUUACAAUAAUCGAUCAGUUGAGUGUCUUCCAUUUUAUGCCCAUAAUUCUCCGUUCGCAGAUCAGUGUUACGCGCGUUUCGAGUAUAAGUACUUUAGCUCAACGCUCUCGAACCACCGCUGCCGACCAGUCUUGCUGUUCUGUGGUUCUGUGUCCAUUGGAUCUCGACUUCUGUAUUACCAGCCACUACGGUACACUGUCUCCAGAAAUACCAUUUUGAAAAUGGAACAGCAAUCAUUGCCGUCGUCUUCUUUAACUGCUAGACGCCAGACAUCUGUGAAAAGAAAGCAAAAUCGUGUUAUUGACUUGAUUAUGAAGCGCUCAAUAGGAGCGAUAUCUUCUAUAGAAUAUAAACGACGUACGAUUAUUAAUGAGAUAAAUUAUGUGGCAUAUGCAGUUAAUAAAACAUCCUUGCCUGUAAUGUAUAUUAACCCAAAUGGUAGAAGCACUCGAAAUUUUGUAAUAGAUGAUAUUCUUGGUAUGGAAGUUAAUCCAACAGAAAGUAGUUGCUUACUAGUCACAUCAAGAUACAACAGUGUAGCAAUUUAUAAUGUAUCUCCAGAUGUUAUAACUUUUAAUCAAAUCAAGCGAAUGACAAUUCCACAUGAUCCGAUUGAUAUUAAUGGAACACCUAAUUCAGUUCAUUGGCUUUGGGAUGGUACAGUAUUUUCUGUUUGCACUUUGGACUCGGUACAUUUUUGGGAUUCGUGUUCUUGUAAAAUUAUGGAAACUGUAAAAAUGCCUAUCAGAGUAUUAAACCAUGUCAUUGCUGCAAAGAAAUAUAGUGCAAAGAAAUAUGUUGCAGUUGCAGCAAUAGAUGGACAUGUAUUCAUGAUUGAUAUGCUUCGUGGUAUUGUUGUAAUGACUAUGAAAAAUGUUGAAAAUAGACCAAUAACAACUAUACAAUGGCACCCAACAAAUGAAUUACAAUAUAUUACUGGUAAUGAUAAUGGAAACAUAUUACUAUGGGAUCUUCGAUUUCAAAAUAACUUUGUUUUAAAGUAUAAUGAUGAUGAUUCCUUUUCAAAAACAACAAGCCAUCCUAAUCCAGUUAUUGGUUUGCGUUUUUAUAAUAAUGGAAACAGUAUUAUAUCUGUCGAUAACAUGGGAGGCAUCAGAACUUGGGAAGUUAGUACUGGUAACAUGCGUCCAAACUAUUAUGAGCCAGUUACACUGUGUCGACUGAACAAAAGCCAAAUUUUCAAAGAUUUUCAAUUUGCUGUUACUGAAAAUUUGAAAGAAGACAUUGCAUUUAUGCCUUCAGAUAGAGGAAUGAAAAUAUUUGACAUAGAAAGUGGUGAACAUUUACCCCAUUCAGAUGACAUACCACUACCAGUAAAUUGUGCCACUUAUGAUACACAUAGAUUUUGUGUUUAUGGAGGGUCUAAUGACUUAGUGAAAUUGUGGGCACCUGCUCGAAAAAUUUAUGUAUAAAUAUGUACUCCGACAAUUUAAUUUAAUUUUUUUCUCUAUGUCGAUAUUAUGACAUAACAUAUUAUAUUAAAUUAGUUUAUGUUAUUGUCAUAACACAAAAAUAAAUAAAUAAAUCUACAGUCAAACAUCCUAGUUGGCCAACCAUUCAGCUGCGGCACUUUUGCCUAAGUGAAUACUAUGCACUCCUCCUGUAUAUUUCCUCGGUGGGCAAGAUUCUAUGAUAUAUAUAUAUAUAU